AUGAAAGUCUUGGUUGGAGUAAAGCGAGUCAUCGACUAUGCUGUCAAGAUUCGAGUGAAGCCAGACAAAAGCGGUGUCGUGACGGAGAACGUCCAACAUAGCAUGAACCCCUUUGAUGAAAUUGCCUUGGAAGAAGCUGUGAAGAUGAAAGAGAAGAAGAUAGCAAAUGAGGUGGUAGCCUUUUCAUUGGGAGGUCCGAAGUCUCAAGAAGUUCUCCGAACAGCACUUGCAAAAGGCGCGGACAAGGCCAUCCAUGUUGAGGUGCCUGACGCUGAGCUCUCAAAGGUUGAACCGUUACAUGUGGCUAAAGUGCUUCAAAAACUUGUUGAAAAACACAAGUUCGACUUAGUUUUUCUAGGAAAACAGGCCAUCGACGAUGAUGCCUCUCAAACUGCUCCACUUUUGGCCGGUUUGUUAGAUUGGCCACAGGCACUGUUUGCCAACAAGGUCGAAAAAGCGGACGAUGGUCAUCUGAAAGUGACCAGAGAAAUUGACGGGGGACUGGACACGAUAAAGGUCAAGUUACCGGCUGUUUUAUCUUCCGACUUACGUCUGAAUGAACCUCGUUAUGCCACUUUACCAAACAUCAUGAAGGCAAAAAAGAAGCCAAUGGAAAAACUGACCGCAAAAGAUCUUGGUGUUGAUAUGACAGCACAAACCAAAACGUUAGAGGUGAACGAUCCUCCCGUUCGCCAAGCAGGAGAAUUUGUCGAUGAUGUGCAUACGCUGAUCACAAAGCUCAAAGAAAAGGGUCUAGUUAAAGGCUAA